AUGGAAGAACAACAAGAACAAGAAGAGAAACAACCGACGACGACGACGGGGUCAAACCCGCAUUCGGAUCCAGCGUUCGCGCUGAAAAUGCUCGUGGACUCUCGAAACGCCGGCGCCGUUUUAGGCAAAGGCGGAGCGACGAUCAACGAGUUACAAACGUCCACGAAUUGCAGGAUUCAGCUGACGAGAACGGGAGAGGUGUUCCCGGGGACGAGCGAAAGAGUGUUGACUUUGUCCGGGGAAUUGCCGUCCGUGUUAACGGCGGUGCAUUUAAUAUCCACGAAAUUGCAAUCGGAAACGAACAACGGUAAUAAUAAUAACAACAACGAAAACAACGAAGAGAAUUUCGAGAACACUAAUACUAAUACCGAGGGAGGAGAAGAGAACAAGCAGCAAACGCCGAAAUGUAGACUAGUGAUCCCGAACGCGGCGGCUGGAUGCGUCCUCGGCAAAGGCGGCGCGACGAUAAAGUCUUUCAUAGAAGACUCCGAGGCGGAGAUUCGAUUAUCGAGUCAAAAUCAAGCGCCUCCCGGGUGUCACGAUCGAAUUUUGACCAUUAGUGGGACGAUUGGGCAGAUUCUGAGGGCGGUGGCGUUGGUGGCGGCGAAUUUAUUGGAAGAUCAGAAUUACGCGACGUUGGUGAAGAGGCCGAGCACGUAUCGGCCGAGUUUGGAUUACGGGAGAGGAGGAUCCAUGGACCACGGAAGAGGACAUUAUAACAACAACCAUCACCAUCAACAACAACACAACGUGGAUCCACAAAACGUGGUUUCGGCGACCAUGCAAGUAGAUGAUUCGAAGAUGGGACCGAUUUUAGGCAAAGGAGGAAGGACGAUUACGGAAAUUCAAGUCAGUUCCGGAUGUAGAAUCAAAGUGAGCGACCGAAACGACUUCGUGCCUGGAACGAAUUUAAGGACGUUACAAAUCAGCGGUUCGGUGACGGGAGUGCAGCUGGCUUGGGAAAUGUUAGAGGAGAGGUUAAGGAAGAUUGAAGCAGAUGCGAGUUGA